AUGGAAGUCGGCAUAAAACUUCUGGAACAGGUCUGCGAUUUCAAAAAAGCCGCCACCGUCGUUGCGACGUCCUCCUCCUCCGCCAAAUCCGCCGCCAAAUCCUCCAUCUCCUUGGCCACCAAAUCCGCCGCCUCCUUGUCCGAAGCCAUUGUCGUCGUAUCUGUCGUUACGGCCGCCGCCGAAUCCUCCUCCGAAUCCGCCACCGCCGCCGCCUUGGCCGCCAAGCAGUCCAGACACCAGCGAGCCCAUUCCGCCGCCAGAGCCUCCAAAUCCUCCACCGGAGCCACCAAAUCCGCCGCCAGAGCCGCCAAAUCCUCCGCCUUGACCGUAUCCGUCGUCGUUAUAUCUUCCUCCCCCUCCGUAGCCGCUGUCGUUGUCGUAUCUGCCUCCUCCGCCGUAGCCACCUUGGCCACCUUGGCCGCUGUAUCUUCCACUAGAGCCUCCACCGAGCAACGAGCCGAGGUUGAACCCACCUUGCGACUGUUGGUGCUGAGGAGUGGCACCUGCACCAGAAAGAGCAGAGAUCACAGAACCAAAUCCUCCUCCACCUCCGCCAGAGCCUCCGAGGCCGCCCAAUGCGCUUCCUCCUCCAGCUCCAAGCAGCGACGAAAGCAUACCGAACUGCGACGAGGUCGAGCCUCCACCUCCCAUCACUUGGCCUAA